CCGGAGGCGGCGCUGGAGCGCGACCGGACGCGCAAGACAGCCCUGCACUACUGCGCGGAGACGGCGUCGCCGGCGUGCGCCGAGCACCUGCUGGCGGCGGGCGGGAGCCAGCUGCUGGCGGCGCGGGACGAGGACGGCUACACGGCGCUGCACCUGGCCGUCAUCGCCGGCAACCGGGCGCUCAUCAAGUGCCUGCUGGCGCGCGGCGCCGACGUCAACAGCCUGGACCACGAGCGCCACUCCCUCGUGCACUGGGCCACCGUGUGCGGCGAGGUGGAGGCGCUGGAGCUGGUGUUGGACGCCGGCGCAGACCCGUCCACGCCCGACAUCCACGGGGGCUACCCUAUCCACUACGCGGCGCAGAUGUGCGGGCCCAACUCGGAGAUGGGCAACGACGUGCGCUUCGGGCUGGCGGUGCUGCGGAAGCUGCUGGCGCGCGGGGUGGCCGUGGACGUGGCCGACCAGGACGGCCGCCAGCCCAUCCUGUGGGCGGCCAGCGCGGGUAGUGCGGAUGCAAUCUUAGCGCUAGUAAAUGCUGGUGCAAGUGUAGAAGCGGAUGAUAAAGAUGGUUUGACAGCCCUGCAUUGCGCAGCUAGUCGGGGCCACACGGAAUGCCUGGAAACGUUGGUGACGCUAUGUGGCGCGGAAGUGGAUGUCAUUGACACAAAUGGCUGCUCGGCACUUUUCUACACAGUCACAUUGGGCCAUGCGGACUCCACUCGUUUGCUUCUUGGUUAUGGGGCUGAGCCAAAUCGGCAGGACAGAAAAGGACGCACGCCGGCGCACUGCGGCGCGGCGAAGGGGCAGCUGGAGACGCUGCGGCUGUUGGCGGCGCACGGCGCCAACCUGUGGGUGCGCAACGUCAAGGGCGACUACCCGCUGCAGGAGGCCGUGGCGUCGGGCCGCAAGGAGCUGGUGCGCUACCUCACGGCGCAGCGGCCUGACGCCGUCAACUCGCCCAACAACGACGGCCGCUGCCCGCUGCACAUCGCUGCCAUCGCCAACAACAUGGAGAUGGUGAAG